GCAGCGGAAUAUUAUUUUGGUAAAAACUCUAAGAAGAAAAAAACAAAAGGAAAAAGGGUAAUUGAAAGAAAUGUUGAGUUGCCAAUGGAGUAGCUUCACUAGAGUAUCAUCAUUUCCUUCGCAACAAGAGCAAUUCAAUAAGGCGUUAAAAUUGAGCAAACAGUGUUGUUGCCUUACCAAAUCAUCAAUGGAUUCAUUGCCCUUUCAGUUUCUCACAAAGAAGACUUACAAGCCUCCUACAUGGGCCUCUCAUCUUAGCCCAAUGCCCUCUCAUACCUUUUCACUUGGACAUUUUCCGACUCCAAUUCACAAGUGGAACCUGCCUAAUUUACCCAAGGACACUGAGGUUUGGUUAAAGCGUGAUGAUCUGUCAGGAAUGCAAUUGAGUGGAAACAAGGUCAGAAAGCUGGAGUUCUUGUUGGCAGAUGCUGUGGCACAGGGGGCUGAUUGCAUAGUGACUAUAGGUGGCAUACAAAGUAAUCAUUGUCGUGCUACUGCUGUCGCUGCCAAGUACUUAAACCUUGAUUGUUAUCUCAUAUUACGCACUUCGAAGCUACUUGUGGAUAAAGAUCCUGGAUUAACAGGGAAUCUCCUUGUUGAACGUUUAGUUGGAGCACACAUUGAUCUUGUUUCAAAAGAAGAAUAUGCAAAAGUUGGCAGUGAGGCUCUCACCAAAUUAUUGAAAGAAAAGCUGUUAAAUGAAGGGAGAAAGCCGUAUGUCAUCCCUGUUGGUGGAUCAAAUUCUCUAGGAACCUGGGGCUAUAUUGAGGCAAUCAGGGAAGUUGAGCAACAGCUUCAGCACUCGAGCAGUGAAUGGAAAUUCGAUGACAUUGUUGUAGCUUGUGGCAGUGGGGGUACAGUGGCCGGUUUGUCAAUUGCAUCCAUGCUCAGUGGCCUGAAAGCAAAAGUUAAUGCAUUUUGUGUUUGUGAUGAUCCGGAUUAUUUUUAUGAAUAUGUUCAAGGCCUACUUGAUGGAAUUAAUGCAGGGGUUAGCUCCCGUGAUAUUGUUAGCAUCGAAAAUGCGAAAGGCCUUGGGUAUGCUAUGAGCACCGCUGAUGAGCUUAAAUUUGUGAAGCAAGUUGCUGAAGCCACCGGUGUUAUUCUUGACCCGGUCUACAGUGGUAAAGCAGCUUAUGGAAUGAUGAAAGAGAUGAACGAGAAUCCAAGAAAGUGGGAGGGAAGAAAGAUUCUCUUCAUACACACAGGUGGGCUACUAGGUUUGUAUGACAAAGGUGAUGAAAUAGCUUCAUUAAUGGGCAAAUGGCGUAAGAUGGAUAUCAAUGAAUCUAUUCCUAGACAAGACGGCAUCGGCAAAAUGUUCUGAAGUCGUGAAAAGGUGAACAUUUGUCAACAUGUACAGGACUAAAAUUCGAAUUCCAGCAAUUCUAGAUUUAGAUUAAUAAAGAAGGGCUUUAUGCCACUUUUAAGACUAGUUGAAUUAUGAAUGUAUGAUUUCUUCUUGCUAUCCCUAUUAGAAAUAAAGAAAAUAGUAGUAAAUUUCUAUUGCGUAUUCAUCUGUACCAAAUACUCCUACUUAUACAAAACUAUGUAUACAGAAAUUAAAUUAGAAAGAAACUAUUAUUUUACA